UCUAAUUGGGCCACGUGGAUUGUGAUGUGGUAUGGGCUGGCUUUGUUUAAUCCAUGCCUGAUUCAUCAAACCUACCCAAAUAGACGAGAUUCUUUCCUUCUACUGUGUUUUUUCGGUUGAACAAUCUCCCUCUCCGGCGGCUCUCCAGAAGGACUUCUAACGCCUUCUACGUUGUCGAUUCCAGCUCAAGGUCUUUCAAUCGACUCCACUGAAAUCACUCUCCGUUUCAUCCUUCAUUCAUUUUGAAAAACAAAGGCAACGAAUCAUGCGUUGUGCCGUCGUCACCGUUCCUCUAUUUCCGUCGAGCAGCGCCGCCACAGUAACAGACGACCCCAUCUCACGAAGAAGAUAUUCGCCCUCCCUCUGUGUUGUCCCCCUCGCUCUCCGUCGUCCCUUUUUGAAUCGUCGCAACCAAGUUUCUAGAGGUGCGGAGCGACUUUACCCACCUAAUCAAAAGGCAUACAAGUAAGUCGAGGGUUGUUUGUUUGUGGAUGUAGGAAAUUCAUUGGGUUGUUUUAAUUCCCUAUGGCGUUUGAGGUAGUAUGUCAUGGAUUCUGCAAUUGGAGGCUCAAAAUUUUGUUUUCCCUUAUUUUUGGAUUAAUCGAGCAGCAGGAGAGCCGAUGUUCUGUCAUAUUCUUGUCUCUGUGCCUUUUUUCCCAGUUAAUGAAAGGAAUAGUUUGUCUACUUGUCUACCUGUGCUUUGGGCGCGAGCCUAUUGUUCAUGAUGCUCUAUCCAUGUUGUUUGUUGUUAUUCGGCAGUGAAGGGAUACAUAUCCAUGAGAGCAUUUUCAGAUUGGAGACUACCUAGUAGUUAUUGUAUUUUCGUGUUUGGGUUUUAGAUUGUUCUAAAUGGCUUAAAAAGGACAGGGGAAAGAAAAAAGGCACCAUUUUUGCAUGUGAUCUCUAUUCAGUAUUCAAAGAGAUUUCAAAGUUUGGUGUGUAAAAAAAGUCAUUACUAGCUGAACCUAGAAGAUUAAGAUCAUAGAUAGUUGUUGUUUUUACCAUAAAGAAAGAGGGACAAAAAGGAAGCAUGCUGCAUGAAGGAGAAGAACAACAACAUCAUACAUUUUCUUAUAUAUAUAGUAUUGUAUGUUCAUUGGGGGAGGUGAUAAGAUUUAGAGAUUGUGAGGAAUUCGCCAGAAAACAGAUUGGGGAAAAUUGCUCAUAGUGGGCUUUUCCAUUGAGAUAAAAGCUUAUAUACAUCCUGUAAACUAGCAUUUAUAAUUAGUCGUUAAACCAACAUUCUAACUAGCCUAUGAACUCUGUACACUAUCUAAUUACACAGUUAAACUUGAAGGUUGUCGUUGCACUAUACAAAACGGUGUGUUGCUUCUCUUUUUGUCCAUGACCACAUCAUCAACAUUCUUCUCUGCUUUUGUCAUUCUUCUUCCCAGAUCAGCAGCAUCUUUUCUAUGGUCAGCAACUAGCUCUAGAGCAUCUUCAUCUUCAUCAUUCAUGCUCCUUUUCAGGAGGGUCUGUCUUCUGGCCUUCCACUUUCCCUCUUUAAUGUAAUAUAUUGUUAGAUCCUUCUUUCUUCUUCUUUAAGCUUGUUUCUUGGAGAUGUUGUAACAAACGACCUUGAAGAAAUUUGAUGUCGUUCUUAUAUAUGAAAAGAAAGAUUCAAGCUUCAUUGUUCAAGCAGUUCAGUAGUUGUUAUCCUGCAUGUCUGUUAUUUCCUUUUCUGCAUACUCUUAGUUAGUAAAAUGGGUAGGGAUAUUGUCACCGACAAAAGAACAAAGGGCUAGCUAGUAAAUAGUAAUGCAUGUAGGUAGCUGUUUGACUUAUUGCAGCUGCUCAAAUAAAUAUGGAGUGUGAGUGUUAGAAACCGGGUUCUAGGAGCGUCCAGAUUCUUGUAGAGGAUGGGGAAAACUAGCUAGAUCAAUUAAGGAUUGAUCUAAUUAGUGAUUAGAGAAAUGAAGGAGAAGCGGACUCGUCGUGCUUCGGCAAAAAUCGAGAGAGACAAAGAGAUGACGAAGGUUGAGUCGCCCCUAGAGAGAAUUCUGCUUGCAGAUGAAACUUGGAGCUUCUUGUCCAUGAACUUGUUCAGGUCUGGAGGCUUCCUCAGAGUUGAAUAGCGGCGGCAAGUGGCGAUGAUUGGCGACGGAGCGAGGAGCGGAUCUGGGCGUCCUGAUUUCUCAACGAGGGCGAUGGAGAGCGGUGAGGAGAUCGAAGGCGGUCAGAGACAGAGCGUGGGAGGGAGGCACCGAUUUGGGGAUUGAUCCCGGUGUGCGGGAGAGAAUUAGAAAACUAGAAAUUUUGUUCUCUGAUUAUGUCAAAAAAUAAAACUAAAAUCAAUUUAAUUAAUGAAAACACAAAACAGAA